UUUAAUGGUUAAAGUGUUAUCAGACGUGGAGUUUAGACAAGCAGGCAGUUAGCAGAUAUUAGCAUCAAUAACACGGAAUGAAAGAUGGUAUGGAGUGCCAUUAGGACUCAUGGACUUAUUUCUCUUUGACACCGGGAGCACGAAGAUGUAUUUCUGUCUAAAAACAACGAUAUGACGAUCUGUUUUUACCUCAGUGAAGACAGUCAUAGCUCAGUCAGAUCGCCUGGAGAGGUUCACGUCAGAUUAGCUAGAAACGUGAUUUGAACUGUCAGAAAACGGAGCCACCGAAAUGCCUGAAAACAUGUCACCUGUCCCCGUCCUGCCGCUGGUGAUCAACUGUUUUCUGUCUGUCCUCGGCUGUAUGGCCACAUUAAAACUCAUUCCUGCUUUCAAAGACCAUUUCAUCUCAGCCAGGCUGUUCGGAAUGGACCUAAACAAAACCUCCAAAAAGGAAGUCCCAGAGUCCCAAGGAGUCAUCAGUGGGACAGUUUUCCUCAUCAUCCUCUUCUGCUUCAUCCCAGUGCCUUUCCUUAGCUGCUUUGUAGGAGAUCAGUGCAUGGGCUUCCCACACGAUGAGUUUGUGCAGCUGAUUGGUGCACUUCUUGCCAUCUGCUGCAUGAUCUUCCUGGGCUUUGCUGAUGAUGUGCUGAACUUGCGAUGGAGACACAAGCUCCUGCUCCCCACCAUGGCUUCCCUGCCGCUGCUCAUGGUGUAUUUCACUAACUUCGGCAACACGGUCAUCGUGGUGCCGAAGCCCUUCAGAGCCCUGCUGGGGCUGCACUUGGAUCUGGGUAUCCUUUACUACGUCUACAUGGGAAUGCUUGCAGUAUUCUGCACUAAUGCCAUCAACAUUCUGGCAGGCAUAAAUGGCAUCGAGUCAGGUCAAGCACUGUUUAUCUCCGGCUCCAUCAUCAUCUUCAACCUGCUGGAGCUCAGUGGAGAUUACCGUGACGACCACGUGUUCUCCCUCUACUUCAUGAUACCAUUCUUCUUCACCACAUUAGCACUUUUUUACCACAAUUGGUACCCCUCGUCUGUGUUUGUGGGAGACACUUUCUGCUACUUUGCUGGGAUGACCUUCGCUGUUGUCGGUAUCUUGGGACACUUCAGCAAAACGAUGCUGUUGUUCUUUAUUCCUCAAGUGGUGAACUUCAUCUACUCCUUGCCUCAGCUCUUUCAUGUUAUCCCCUGUCCCAGACAUCGACUCCCAAGGCUGAAUCCAGACACGGGCAAAUUGGGAAUGAGCUACUCUAAAUUCAAAAGAAAGGACCUCUCUCAAUUAGGACAUCUCAUUCUGAAGGUGGCAGAGUUAUUAAAGCUGCUAGAGGUGCGAAGGGGCCAGGAGGGAGAUGAUGAAUUUAUUGAGUGCAACAACAUGACCUUAAUAAAUCUGGCACUGAAAUUACUCGGGCCCACCCAUGAGAGAAACCUCACAGUCAUCAUGCUCAUGAUACAGGUUAUGGGGAGCGCAGUGGCCUUUGGGAUCCGUUAUCAUCUGGUGCGUCUCUUCUACGACGUCUAGACAUCAUUCAAGGAGAGAGGAGCGAAGAA